CGGAGCCAGCCAGCUACACGGGACCCGCCAGUUACGCAACAAUAACAACGCCGUGAGGAGGUGCGUAGCGUCGUGCGGCGCGCGACACCGCAACGCGACACCGUGGAUCGUGCGUAGUGUGUCGACCGUUUGCGUUCGCGGGGAAAAUCACUUGUUGACAACAACGAGGGUGAAAACGGGGCGACCCGCACGGAUCACGGAGGGUGAGACGCGGAGUUGAUCGUCGUCGAAGAAAAGUCGACUUUCGCGCGCAAAUAUCAACUUGUGGCAGGGGAUUGACGGGAGCAGUUGACUCCCGAAAUCGCGAGCGCCGGGAGAAUUCACAGACAAUCGAGCGCGAUCGACAGUAACGAGUGACGUGUGUGAGAAGGUGUGAGAAAAGGAAGUGAGAAACGUGUAGGAAGUGUUGCGGAGCCGAGUAAAAGAGUUGAAAGACUGCGUGAUCUUUGGAGAACGAGAGACACCAUAACGGGCGCGCGACGUCGUCGAGAGUGGAGGAUUCGCGCGGUGCUCAGAAAAGAGGGAAUUCCGAUCGAUCGCGCGAUCGAGAGCGGGAAAGCGUGACUUCAACGCCGGUCGUUGCACGAGGGAAACGCGUGUAACCCGAAGCGCUCGACUACUAUUGGCGGGAAGAAACCUUCCGAGUAUCGAAGCGAUCGCGAAGCCGGGGGACUCGCGAAUGGUUACACUCGGAUGGAGAACAUGCGGAAGUGCCGAUCGGCGCGGUAGAUCGGUGAGGAGCGUCGGACCACACCGGAUCGGCAUUCACCUCCUCUCUGCCGAUCGAUGAAUGGAGCAGCAGUGUGACGUGUUUAUCACGCGGCGGCGGAGUACGAGAGAGCGGGCCACGCGGACGGCGAGAGGUGCGCCGAUCGAUCGUAGAUCAUCGUGAGGCAGGAGCGAGCCGGGACAUUGGGAUAACACCGAGCGUGUAAAUCGCAAGUCGAGGCGAAAGUGCAGUUGGCUGAAAGCUUGGAAUCGAGCGUCAAACGGGUCGCUGUCGAUCGUACACUGGUACACGAUCUCUGGCGUAUAGUAAACGAGGUCGCGGCGUCGAUAGAUCGGCCGGAGAAUCCGCUACCGAUCUCUCUCUCGAGAGAGAGAGAAGGAGGGAAAAAGAGGAGAACGCGCGGGUUGUCCCCGCUUGCCGCUCGCGGCGACGCGUUUAGGCGCCAAUGACGUCACCGUGCGAGUGAGACCGCCGUCGGGGGAAUUCGCGGUCGGAGUUUCUCGCCGCGCGCGCGGUACGUUUACGCGUCCCCGACACGACGCGACGCGACACGACGCGACGCUCCGGCAGUGCCGCGAUCGCCGGCGAUGGUAGCAGCGGUGAUGAUAGUAGUGGUGACCGCGCGGUAGUAGCGGAGUGCUGGUGUACGCUCGGCCGUGUGGUGUCUUGCUCUUCGCCGUCGUCGUUGUCGUCGUCGUCGUCGUCGUCGUCGUGCCGUGCCGUGCCUCGCGGUGGGGGCAAGGAUACCCCCGUGGAAUCCGCGGUGCGCGGGUGGCCGAUUACACUUUUCUACGUAUGUCGCUCGUCGGCAGGCAAUGACUAACCGCGCGCGGCCGAUUGCGUUAACGAGAGAUAUCAUAUCCGUCGGCUCGGAGCUGCCGAUUCGGUGCUAUCGCACCGUUGUCGUUAUCGCCGUCAGCGCCGGUCAGACGGGAUUUGCAUAGCAAACAGAUUGACGCGCUCGUAGUAAGUGGAUAACGAGAAGCGAGAAAUCGCGCGUGUACACCGUAUAUAGCGCGAGAUCGCGCGGGUACUGUGUGCGUGCGUAUGUGUGUGUGAAUAUCGUUCAGUGCGUGCAUGCGUGCGUGCAUGCGUACGUAUGACUGGCUCGCGGUGCCGGCAGGAGGGAGAGAGAGAGAGAGAGAAAGAGAUAGAGGAUACGACGGACGAGGCAAGUGCGGAGCUUAAAAUAGAAGAGUGACUUCGGCUUAAGUACGCGGCGGGAGGACGGAGUAAAACGAAUCGGAGAAGAGACGGGUGGAUGUUGUGCUCACUUUUUCCCCACCUCCGCGUUUCUGUGAUACGUUCGAAUUCUACGUUUCUCCGUGGGUGAAAGAGGAAACAACGGGAGAGGACGACGAGAGAAUACACAUACACACAACACGUAUAUAAAUAUCUCGCGUGAAGUGCGUGUUUCUUCUGUGAUAAUUCUUAUAGUGCGUAUUGUAGUGGUGGAACGCGAGAGAGGGUGACCGUGUCUCACGCGCGCGAUUCUUCUCUUUUUUUUCGCCGGUGUCGUUGGGGAAAAAAAAAGAGAGAGAGAGGAUCCGUCGAUCUUCGGCGAGGCAGAGAGAUCGGCGCUUCCAGCAAGCGAGCGCUCGCCCAUCGGAAAGGAGGCGUCGGCUCGCUCUCUGUCCCACGCGAUGGAUCGUGACUCGCGUUCGUAUUCCUGCGGAGGCUGCGAGAGGACCGCCGCCGAGGGCCGAGCUAUGCCGAUGGAGUAACAAGUGAGCGGCGAAGCGGCGUUGCCAUGACGACAGAGACCCAUACUGUGGCGAUGACAGACCCACAGCUGACCAAUAACAAUAACAACAACAAUAACAACAACAACAACAAUGAUGGCGAGCCAAAGUACCUGCACAAGAAGUUCAAGAAGAUGGCGACGACUGAAGUUGCGCCGAAAGUCGUCGAGAAGGAGGGCACGGCAAACAACGUCGACUCUGACGAGACAUCCAAGCGAAAAGAUGAUGACAGGGAUGGCAAGGAGUCGUCGAAGGAACUUGGCAACAAACUCGAACCUUCCCCGGAGCCGGCAGGGGGAGUCGAGCCUACCGCCGAGUCCCGGAAGAGCGGUUAUGCAUGCCCCUACUGCCCGAUGACAUGGACCAAGCCGAGUGUCCUUCAAAAGCACAUCAGGGCGCACACGAACGAACGGCCGUAUCCAUGCGUGCCCUGCGGAAUCUCCUUCAAGACCAAAUCGAAUCUGUACAAGCACUGCAGGUCGCGCUCUCAUGCGCACAAGAUGGAGAAAGGAGAAAAGGUGUCCGAAGAUUCCGACAUAAGUUUGUCGGAUAGCGCCAGUAACGGCACUGGUACACCACCGCCGCCGCCAACUUCAACGCCAACCACGACGGCAACGACGACGGUACCCACUACUGUAGUAAAGACCGUGAAAACCGGCAAGAUUUACAAGCCAAAGUUUCAAGCCCGAACGGCCCUGCAGUGCGUGAACAGUGACACCGAAACGUCUUCCUUAUCACCCAGUUCUUCUAACAGUUCCUCCUUGUCUUCCUCCACAACCAUCUCCACUUCCAACUCUGUUAAACCGAACGCGGAACAGCUACAGGAGCACAUCGACAAGAUCAUCACAGACAAUCAGGCGAUCGUCGACGCAGUGGAUCCAUGUCUGCACAAACUAAUGCAUCGCCAACAGAGUCUAGUCGAGACAAAGCAGUCAUUCGAACAGCAGCCGUUGAACUUGUCUUCCGCGGAGGAGACCUUGAACAACAGAAAGCGUUGCUAUAGCGAUAGUUGUACUCAGGAAGCGAAAGACAGUGAGCUUCCGGAAAGCUCGAUCAUCAAAGAUCUCCUCUUGAAAUCUCGCGAUUCUAUGAACGGCCCGGUACCGGAGACUGUCGUGGAAAAUUUCGUCUGUCCCACUUGCAACAUCCCUUAUAACAACAUAGACAACUUAGAGGCUCAUCAAAUGUACUACUGUAAAGGUAUUGACAGUUGUCGAAAAGGAGCAGAUUAUCAUACGGACUUAGAGAAACGAGAUUCUGAUUUCGAUGUGAAAUCUGCCGAUUAUUACAGUACCUUGCAACCGUUACCCUCUCCGGGUCCUCUACUGGGUAAUACUAGACUGGUUGACGCAUACGCUCCACCUGCCAAGAAGCAAAGAACAGAAUCUGUGCCGACCAGUUUGAGAUCGCUGGAGGAGCUAAGCAAGUAUCCGCGUCCAAACUCGUUGCAGAUGUUCGGCGGUGAGGUGAGGAUCCUCGACAAUACGGGCGAGGUGACGAAAACGAUGAGAAUCGAGCCACGACAGACGAAUUCGCCCACGAACGAGCACAUAGUAAAUAGUAAGUGCAUGAACUCGGAGACGGCAUCUAUAGUGGUGAAAUCGGGACUUCAUUCUGGUGGUACCAUGAUGCAUAAACCGCCAGGCACAACGGCCAGCACAUCCAAUUCCUCCAUAUCUUUGCCCAACGCACCGAAGAUAUUGGCGCCCAUCAUACCGAACAUAUCAACUCCGAAUAUAGCGCCUACUAUGUCCUGCUAUGACUACUUAGAGUCACACCUCAACCCGCUGACGAGUAUCACUGCCUACAAUCCGUUAACUCUGCCGCAAGCUGGUAUCACGAGUAUCCUCCAUGGUGGAAAGGUGAUACCUUAUGUACCCGGUAUGCCCGGACCACAUACUCUUACCGGUACGCCGACCAUAGACAUAUCUCCGAGUAUAACGGCCGGCGAAGCUGGUUACAAAGUGAUACCGGGCCUACCGGGUCUACACAUGAUAUCUCAGCCCUUGGAUCUGGCUAGUCCGGUGAAGGUACAGCCCAGCACGGUGCCUGGCAUGCCCAGUCCGUUAUCUGGACAUGUUCCUUCCAUGCUAGAUCAGCCUCUGGAUUUGGCUAGUCCGGCGAAGGAGUCGAUGAAGAUUAGCUUCAAGACACCUAACGGCGACAGUCUGAAGAGCGGCUUGACCAGUCCCAAAGUUCCUAGCGUCAAGGUCGAGACCUCGACAGACAAGUAUCGCACGAGAAUGCCGUCAACUCUCAUCGGCGGAGAGACCGGCAAAGCGGAGCUCGAUCGUCAUAUCAAAAAUAAUACGGCCGUAAAGUACAAGGGUAUGGAGAGCCCGCGAGAGAGAAAGGAUUUUACGUAUGAUAAGAGUCCGAAGUUGGACAAGGCUUUUAGUUAUCCAAACGGCGUGGAUCCUACGAUUUCUUCGAAUUCCUACAGCAAGAUGAGGUACUCGCCCAAGACUACUUCGGAAAGCAGGAAGAGAUCGAAUUGGGGCGUCAGUGAAGUGGAUGCUGGCAGAGCAACUCCGGUCGAUAUCCACACUACAAUCUCUAAGUACGAUCUACCUGCUCACGAGAACGGUCGAUUAAAAAGUAGUGUCUCUUCGGAUGCACGUGGAUGGAUCAAGGUCGCGGACGGAUACGGCGCAUUCAACGGCGCUAAAAUGAAGGCCGACAACGCGUCAUCGGUGAUACUUGUGAACUUAGAUUCUUCCAAGACAGAAGUGCCAACGAAAACUUCCGUAGAAUUAAUUGUUAAGGACAAGCAACCCGAGGCCAAAUCGCCGAAGAGCGGCGACGUCGUUAAAGAAACAACUAAUACUAAUAAGUUCUUGAGACCCACGUCUCUGCCGUUGAAACCCGGCACGUUUACGCCGAAGAAGCAUCACGGAAUCACGCCUACGGCGAACACACUUCCUCUCAUCAGUCCGGAGACUCCGCGACCCAAGAAAUCGUACGGACAGCUAUAUCUAAAUGGGCAUGCUUACACAUAUCUGGGACUCAAGUGUUCCACCAGGGUGUUUUAUUGUACCCUGAAUCGACCGCAGCCAAUGUAUGUUACGCAGCAGCAUGGUCUGUCGAUGUAUUCCAAUUGGAAGAUAUGUAAGGAGGCACCACCAGACGUGGACAUGGCGCAUUAUGACUCUCGGCACAGACCUCUCAAUUACACGACCGCGUGGAAGAAACAAGAGGAUAUUCUAACACACUCCUCGCAAAGACCAAUCACUCCCACCAGUCCGGACAGCGGAUUGGAGAGUGACAUGCACGAAAAAACGAAGAGAGUAAAGAUAUUUGAUGGAGGUUUUGAGAGUAACGAAGAUUACACUUAUGUGCGCGGAAGAGGUCGAGGACGCUACGUCUGCGAAGAAUGCGGUAUUCGUUGUAAAAAACCAUCUAUGCUGAAGAAACAUAUCAGAACGCACACGGAUGUUAGGCCAUAUACUUGCAAGCAUUGUACCUUUAGUUUCAAAACAAAGGGUAAUCUCACGAAACACAUGAAGUCCAAGGCUCACUACAAGAAGUGCGUGGAAUUGGGCGUAGUGCCAGUCCCUACAACCGUCUGCGAUGAAAACAUCGACAAGGAGGCUAUCGCGCGAUUAACCGCUGGUGGCGGUAACCCGGAGGAUUCCUCAGAGGAGGAGGAUGAAAGUGACGGAGAUGAAAGCGAAGAGUCGGGUAGCGAGGAGCAAGAAGCAGCACAAAGUUUACUCAGUCUUUCGCAACGUAACAUGUCGAACAGCUUGCCGGGCUUGUUACCGUCUGGUAGACCCACAACGUAUCCAUAUAACCUAACUUUACCGACGACUUCCUCGGUGAGCAUCGCGUCUACCACUGCGACUACAUCGACCAUCAGCCAAAGCGUCACCGCACAAGAAACAACUCUGAUUCAAAAUGAAUUAUCGCAUCGUUACUAUUUCCCAUCGAAUCGAAGUACGACAGAAGAAACGAGAAUUAGCGUUAUUCAGUCGUCGAAGAAAGAUGAUUCUGACUUCGAGAUCGAAGAAAUCACUGAUGUCACGGAGUCACGUCAUCAGCUGUCGCAGCCCAUGGAUCUCACGACGAAGCAGACUACUCAGGUGCUGCCCUCGCCGGUCCCGCAAAGGGCUAGACCCGCGGACAUUCUGACACCCGUUUCGGAGCCGGUCCUAUUGCAGACGAUAGUCCAGACGAUGGAACGGCUGCCUAUACAGGGUAGAGAAUGGAAACCGGAUGCGGAGGGCCACAUGUUGCAGGCCUACCUCACGGAGAGACAUGUGAUGGACAGCAAAAUUAAACAACAGUAUCGCGUGGGAAAUAGCAAGGACAAUAAGCAGUUACAGGAAAAAGAUAUUUAUCCGCGUCAUCAAGACCAGAACAGGUCUAGGUAUAUAGAUUCUAACGGUAUUCCGACGGUAACGUAUACCGAUCCCAGCAAGAUGCAGCAUAUCGUUAUGGAGUCUAGAGUUAAACACAUGACGAAGCAUACCAGUGAUGACAUUAAGAUGGAAAUCAGAGAGAAGAUAUAUCAGAACAACAUGACGAUAGAGAGACGAACGUUCGAUUAUGAGGCUAUUCACAAGAAUAAAGAGCAGACUAAUCGUAUGGUUUCUGAUCGUGAAAAUUUUGAGCUUGGUCUAACUAACGGUCCCGCUAGCACAAGACCAAGUAUCGAGUAUGGUCUAUCCAUGACCAGGAACAAUAGUUCGAUCGAGAGACCGAACUGUUCUAUUGUACCUGUUCGCAGCACGUCCAGUAUUGAUUGCCAUUCACCGAAAUCUUUGAAUAUAGACGUCAAUAACCGACCGCCGUUGAUGCAACACAUGAACAACGACAUUGACAGAAGUUCCAUGUUCAACGCGAUGAAGAUGGUGAGUGAAAUAGAAAGACCUAGGGAAUGUCAUCCCGUCGGUCAGGAAAUGAGAUCUGUGAAUCACGAGAUGAGAACCGCGACUAAUGAUGUUCGAAUGCAGAAUCAUAGUCCGCGGAAUUUCGACCUAAGACCGCCCAGUAGAGAGAUCAGAACACCCGGUCAAGAGUACAGAGCGCAGAGUCAAGAGUUAAGGCUACCGAGUCAACAGGAGUACAAGAUACGCGGCCAAGAGAUGAGACCACCUAGCCGCGAGUACAAGCCGUCGUUCGCUCAUGACAUGCAAGUCAUUCAGGAGCUUAUGCCCUCGACAAACAUGGAAAUCCGGCAAACAAAUCUGGAUAAUAGACCGCCGAGCCGUGACAUGAGAGCUCUUGCGGAAUACAGAGCGCAUGCGCAAGAUCCACGUGCCAACUAUGAAAUGUUGCAGCCUAUACACGAGCCGCCCAAGUCUCAAAACAUAGAUGCGAGAAGCACGUCACCGCAGAAAGUACGAAUCCUCUAUUACGAUACGAAACACCCUGUGGACAUAGCUAAACAGAAUACAUUAGAUAGCAUGAAACACGCUGGAAAGAUAGUCGUCGGUGGGCCAGAUUUUCAAUCGCCGUCACCAAACACAGGAAAUGCGAAACCGCAAGCGGAAUUUUUACAACCGUCAAGUGGACCCGCGCCUAACUAUGUGAGUGUCACGGAGGAUGGCAGGAGUGUAUGUGGGAUUUGCAAUAAGGUGUUCAGUAAGCCUAGUCAGUUACGGUUGCAUCUCAACAUUCAUUAUUUUGAGCGGCCAUACAAAUGCGAAAAUUGUGCAGUUUCCUUCCGGACUAAAGGUCACUUGACGAAACACGAAAGAUCCGUUUCCCACCACAAUAAGGUCAGUAUGACUUCUACGUUUGGUGCGGCGACUACCAGCAAUCCCAGGCCUUUCAAGUGUACGGAUUGUAAGGUAGCGUUUAGAAUACAUGGACAUUUGGCCAAGCAUCUUCGCAGCAAGAUGCAUAUCAUGAAGUUAGAAUGCUUGGGCAAACUGCCGUUUGGAACGUAUGCGGAAAUGGAAAGGUCUGGCGUCAACUUGAAUGAUAUCGAUACUACGGACUGUGAUAAUAGUCUUAAUAGUCUGCAGAUAUUGGCUCAAAGAUUAGGCGAGAAGGAUCCGGCGAAGAUCGCGCAAUGGGACUCGGAAACUCUGCCCGGACCGGUCGUUAGCGGUAGCGAGACUUCGUCGGACGAGGGCGAGCCUAUACCGCAGCACGCACUUCACGCGCAAUACGUGAAAGCGACAACGGACGCGGACAUCCCCCGACCAUAUCACAUGUCGAUCAUUCCCGAGAAACCGAAAGCCAUUAACGACGUUCAUCUCCGCGGCCCUCAGUUCAAUCAACAGAGACGUGAUUACGCCGUUAAAGAGCAGCCGUUAAGAUCGAUUUCGGCGGGCAUUUCAACGGAAGAUCCACGAGCGGAGGACAGUUUACAAUCGUACAAGUGCCAAGUUUGCCCCGUAUCUAUGCGUACUGUAAAUGAGUUACAGGUACACUGUUUUGUUGAACAUAAUAUUGAGACGGAUUCUAGUACAAAUAUUCACGGAGAUAGGAGUGCGGGUAAAUGUAGCAGGGAAAAAGAGAAUACUCAAAAAAGAAUUAUGGAGGAAUCCGCAGUGAAGGAAGAUCACAAAAGACAAAGGAUAGAGGAUACAUAGUGCCAAAACAAUAUAGCGUGCUAAAGAAUUUUUCGAGUGGUGUUUGCCAUACUACUUAGAGAAAUCGCGGUUAUAAUAAUGUAUCAUAUGUGGAAUGCAUCACAAAGAUAUCCUAAUAAAAAAAGUCUAGAUCGUCCUAUAAAAAAAAAACUAUUUCGAUAGAUAAUACGAUUAAUGACGUUUAUGUUUGAAAAAACUUUUCUUGAAAAUUAACGUUGCAAAGAUUUAAACAAAGCGUUAUUAGAGAGCUGCGUGCAAAUACAAAUUUAUAAUUUUACGUUGCCGUUACGAAAUGUUUCGUAAAUUUCUGAGGACUUUACAAAAAAAUUAUCCAAGCGUAACAAAUGUGGACCUAAAGUAAUAUCGUGUGAAUACUAAUGUAACGAAAUACAUAUUAACAGCGGCGUUGAAUUACACGGUCUCGAUCAUAUUUCCUCUAUUAUGGCUCUCAAUUUUAAAAAGUGCCUGUUUAUAUUUUAAACAGACAUAAUUACUUGUAUAGUCCUCAAAAGAUUUUUUAAAUUCUUUCUCUCGAAACCCGCACGUAUAACGCGCAAAGUAAAAAAGAAAAAAAUUUAAUUCGAGUAUCUGAUAUGAUAAUAUUUAUAUACAAUAGUGUUUCUCGUAGUAAGCAUAAGGUGCAAUGGACUGGUAUGUGAUUCUAUAUUUAAAGCACAAAUAUGUUACUUUCGACAUGUUGAAGAGUAUUCUAAUAUUACAAAUUAAUAUACUUUAAAUUGGUAUAUGAAAUUACACACAUGCACACACAAGUGCGCGCGCACA